ACCUUCCAGCUCUCUGUCCCACCCUGGAUGAUUCUCCGGGGCUUUCUCUAGAGGGAGGAGAAAACAUUUCCGUUUCUGGUGUCAUGGCUGACUCUUGUCCGGAAAGUGUUUCCGCUACUACCAGGGAUAAGAGAGUACAGUUUGGGAAUCGGUUCUUGAAUGAUCCAGCCCGAGUUUUCCAACAUAAUGCCUGGGACAAUGUGGAGUGGUCGGAAGAACAGGAGGCAGAAGCGGAGAGGAGGGUCCGGGAGAACAGUGCCCAACGGGUACCGCCCGAAAAGCAAGUUGACUAUGAGGUUAAUGCUCACAAAUACUGGAAUAACUUCUACAAAAUCCAUGAAAAUGGGUUUUUCAAAGAUAGACACUGGCUUUUUACUGAAUUUCCUGAACUGACUCCUAACCAGAACAAAAGCAACCUGAAGAACUUGCUGUUAAAAGACGGUGAUUUUGAAAUAAUUGAACACAGAAACUCUGGCAAUGGACUUGGAUUAAUAGUAUCUAAUACUCAAGAACAGCACAAGGCUUCUUCACACAGUGUUGAUGAUAAAGAACAGAAGCACCCCAUAGAAGAGACAACUCAGAAUACCUGUCAUUUGGAUAUAAACACUGAUGGUUUUCCUGGUUCAUCAGCUACCUACCGAAUUCUAGAGGUUGGCUGUGGUGUGGGAAACACGGUCUUUCCAAUUUUACAUACUAACAAUGACCCUGGACUCUUUGUAUAUUGUUGUGACUUUUCUACUACAGCUGUAGAUCUUGUCCAGACAAACUCAGAGUAUGAUCCUUCUCGAUGUUUUGCCUUUGUUCAUGACCUGUGUGAUGAGGAAAAGAGUUACCCAAUGCCCAGGGAGAGUCUUGAUGUCAUUAUUCUCAUCUUUGUCCUUUCAUCAAUUGUCCCAGACAAGAUGCAGAAUGCCAUUACCCGACUAAGCUAUCUUCUGAAACCCGGAGGGAUGAUUCUCUUGCGAGAUUAUGGCCGUUAUGACAUGGCUCAGCUCCGAUUCAAAACAGGAAGGUGUUUGUCUGAAAAUUUUUAUGUGAGAGGUGAUGGUACCAGAGUUUACUUCUUUACACAAGAUGAACUAGAUACACUGUUUACUACUGCUGGAUUGGAAAAAGUUCAGAACAUGGUGGAUCAUCGACUCCAAGUAAACCGAGGGAAACAAUUGACAAUGUAUCGAGUUUGGAUCCAGUGCAAAUACCGCAAACCUUUUUCCCCAAACAUAAGCUGAGAGGAAUUCAUCUUGUUAGACACUGGAAUGAGUGAUUCCCUGACAAGUGUUAUGUUUCUGUACCUUUUUAUAUGAAUAGAGGAUCUAUAUGAUCACAAUGUUUUGUGUUAUCUUCAUGUGGAAUAUUUUAAGGAAUCUAAAGAUCAGAUAUUUUCAGUUUGAAAAAUUACAUUUUAUCCAUAAUUAUUAUUUGAGCAUUCCUUUUUUUUUCAAACCUUACCUGGCACCUUAGACUUAAUACUAUGUAUUGAUUUCAAGAAAGACAAGUGGUAAAAACUAAGUAUUAGGGGUCAGCAGUCACUUGCCCAGGAUCACAUAGCUAGGAAGUAUCUGAGGCCAGAUUUAAACCUAAGCUCUCCCAUCCCUACAUCUAGCUCUCUAUCCACUGAUUCACUUUGUUGUCCUUUAAGUGUUCCUUUCCAAAGUGCUUUUGGACAGAUUUUCUUCUUUUCCUGCUUUCUUGACCUGAUGUCUUAAUGGAAGCCUUGCUAUCACUUUAACAUCUGAAAAACAUCUGUGGGAACCUUUUUUUUUAAUAUUUUUUAUUAAUUUAGAAUAUUUUUCCAUGGUUACAUGAUUCAUGUUCUUUCCCUCCCCUGCUCCCUCCCCAACUCCCAGAGCCAAUGAUUAUAUAUAUCAUUGUUCAAAAACCCAUUUCCAUAUCAUUAAUAUUUGCAAUAGAGUGAUCAUUCAAAGUCAACAUCCACAAUCGUAUACCCAUUGAACCAUAUGAUCAAUCAUGUUUUCUUCUGCAUUUCUACUCUGUGGGAAUCUUGAAAUGUAUAAACUCUAAGGAGUUAAUUUGCAACAAAUAUUCAACUUGGCCUUAAACACCAUAUCAUUGUACUGUGUAUUAGAGUUAAGAUACUGAACCAAUUUUGGGGUCAUUAGGGUUUUUUUUGUUUGUUUGUUUUUUGUUUUUGAAGAAAAAUGAACAAAUGAAUCUAUCAGAGUGCAAGCAUAGAACAUCUUUGUAGCAUCUUCUUGAUCUUACAAUUCAAGUUUUGUUGAUAAUUUAGUCUGGAAAGUAAGAAAAGUCAGUCCUAUCUUAAAAUUUGUUGAUGAAAAAAGUUUAUAGUUUUUCAUCACUUUAGAUUUUAUACCACAGUUAUGAAUGUUGGAGCUUAGUGCAGUGGAAUACCUUUAUACUUGUUACUAUUAUCAUAAGCCUGAUUUCAAAUUGAAUCCUUAAUUAGCCUUGUGGCUAUAGAUGAGUUACUUAACCCUUCUGAGUCCAUUAUAUCACCUCUCCAAUGAGACAGUGCUACCGGAGAUCCAGACAUAAAUUUCCUUUGGGUUCUUGUAUCUUAGAGCACCAGUCCACUUUGGGGACUAUAUAUAGGAUAAUUUUGAGCAUUUCCUUAAAUUUCUAAGGAUCUACUAGAAAGAUUUUGCAUCUAGGAUUCUCAUUCCUGGAUAACUUGGUUUUACCUUCUGCAAAAGUCUUCAAAUUUCUUUUUAAAAAUAUUUUGAUGACUUCAGCAUAAUUGGUUUCCUUCAUAAUUCUGUUACUUCUAUUUUUAUGCAUUUUAAAAUAGUAUUCUGAGAAAGUCCAUCAGGUUCACCAGACUGCCAUGAGUCCAAGGUUAAGAACCCCUGUGCUGGAGAAGUUAUUUCUCUUUUAUAUCGUAAUUGAGUAGUCAUUUACCAAAUGUCCCCUUUACAACUCAAUUCAGUUACUUUUGAGAACAUUUUGGAGGCAGCUAUGGGGCUCAAUGGAUAGGGUUCCAGGCCUAGAGUCAGGAGGACCUGGACCUCAGACACUUCCUAACUAUGUAAUCCUGAGCAAAUCUCAGUUGCCUAGUCCUUGCUGCUCUUCCGUCUACAGUUUUAAAGAGAUAAAAAAGAGUUAACAUUUGUUUGAAUACUUGAGAACUAUAAUUUGUAAUCUUUUAUUCAAGAUUGGUUCAACUAGUUUGUCUCAUUAUGAAUGAUUUGAAUUUUGCAUUAUGGAUUUCUACAGCUAUAAAAUUCUGGUGUUUUAACAUUUCAUCAAGAUCACAUGAUAUCUUACAAAUUGUGUUUUAUUCUUUUGAAGCAGACCUAGCUAAUUCAUGUUGUUAGUUGAAUACAAACAGGUUGUCUGAGAUCUUUAUAGACUGCUGGUCUACAGAAGAUGCUUUCCCUUCUCUUAGAUACCCAAAGUAAUCAGGUUCCCAAGUGCUCACUCCCAUUCUAGAAACUCUACACCUUUUUAUGAACCUUUCUGAGUUUGUUUUCCUUUUAAGUUAACUUGCUCUGGUGAAGGGUGAGUUAGGAGAUUGAUUUGCCUCCCCCUAAUGUAUUGUCAGGAAUACUCUGGUGAAAUUUCAGGUGCUCUAUGGAAUAGGGAUUUAGAGGAAAUUUAUGUCUGGACCUCUAGUAUGGUGUGCCUACUUCAUUGGGUAUUGAGGAACAAAUGAGAUGAUAUGUACAUUGUAUUUGCAAGCCUCAAAACAGUGCUAUAUUACUGUCACAUUACAUUUUAAUCAACCAACAAACAUUUAUUAAUGCAUUUUUUUUGAUGGGCCCUGUGCUGAACUUUGAGAAGGCAAAAAACAGUCCCUUAUUCAAGGAACUCACAUUCUAAUAGAGGAGACAACAUAUAUAUAAGUAGAUCAUUCAUCAGAAUAGGUAAAAGAUAGUUUUAAUUUUAGCAGGUUGGGGGAACCAGAGAAAAGUCUCUUACAUCAAGUGACAUUUGUGCAGUUUGAAGAGAUAAGGAUGAGUAGGGAGAAUAUUCCAGAUUUAGAGAACAAACAGUACAAAGGCAGAGACACCAGAACAAGUAAACCAGUAUGUCUAAGUCACCAAAUAUGGAGGAGUAAAAUAAGACUAGAAAUAGGAAGGAGUCGGGUUGUGAAGAGCUUUAAAUACCAGCAAAGAAUUUUAUUUUUUAAGGAUGGGGGAGGAAGGGUGUUUGUAAGUGUCAGGCCAGCAACCAGUAUCUAGAAAGAAAUUAAGAGGGUAAAUGAUGUUGGGGCAAUCUGGAGAAGAUGAAAUCAAAGGUGCCACUCCAUCAAGAUGAGUAAGAGAUAGUGGGACACAUGUCAAAGAUUUGUGAGAUGAGAGGAAAAAAAGAGAACUCCCUGCCUCUAUUUUAGAGAGUGAGGCUAGCUCCUCAGCUGUGAGAGUCUGGGAAGAGAGUCCUAUGAAAAACCUAAAGAAGAGAAGAGAAAUCAAUCUUUUUGAACAGCUGCUUUUAGUUAGGAGAAUCGGUAAGGGAGUAGGAAUAGUACUUUGCUGUAAUGAGGAUCCAGUUGAGGUUACAUAAGAAAUCUGUGAUGGACCCAAUCUUUAUGGUUUUUAAACUCCAGUUCCCAUUUUCAGUAUGUAAAUAGUAGUGAAUGAGGCAGAAGGUGGAACCCAAGCAUGGGAUUUGACUGGACAAUAUGAGACAAAGAGAAAAAAGAUCUAAGAUUAAAUAGUGGUGUAGAGGAAACAGUGAGUUAGCUCAGUGGUUUGAGAGCCAGGCCUGGUGAUGGGAAGUCCUAGGUUCAAAUGUGAUCUCAGAUACUUCCUAACUAUGUGAUCCUAGGCCAAUCAACCCCUAUCGUCUACUCCUUACCACUCUUCCAUCUUGGAACUAAUACUUAGUAUUGAUUAUAAAACAGAAGGAAAGAGGUUUUUUUGUGUGUGUUUUUCUUUUAAUAAAAGAGAUAAUGACAAAUUAGCUCACCAAAAGGGUCAAGACAAGGAUGAGAGGAGAUUAGUCUGUGGGUGCUGAUGGUCUGGGAAACAACUGAGCAAUAGGAGAAUUGGAUAUUAUGGACCAGGACCAAGCACAGAGGACUGAGAAGGUAUAGAGAAAGAUGGAAUAAAAAAGACAAUUUAAUCAUAUUAAAGAAUGAACAUGGGGGCAGCUAGGUGGCUUAGUAGAUAGAGAGCUAGACCUGGAGACAAGUGAUUUAGGGUUCAAUGAUAUGCUCAGACACUUCUUUACCUGUAUAGUCCUGGACAAAUCACUGAUACACCCUUUGUCAACCCUUACUGCUUUUCUGAUUCUAAGAUGGAAAAUACGGGGAUUUUCAUGGAAGUUAUAAAUGUGACUUCAAGAUUCCAAGUCACCAGAUCAAGGGUUUAACUUCUGCGUGUAGCUGAAGUGUAGUAGAGAAGUAGGUUCUGGAAAUUGAGUAGAUUGAGGACCAAUGAAGUUGGGGUGUAUGAGGAAACAUUAAUAGAUGUAUUGAAGACCCCUAAUAUGAAAGCAAGAAGGAGGGAGGGAGACUGAGCCAGUCACAGUACUAUCACACUCUCUCUAUUUCUAAUGUAAGUAGAUGGUUUACUCUAAUUUUCAUAAAAUAACUUAAUUUUGCACUCAUAUUUCCUUACCCCAGGACAUGUUUAUUGAGUUUGGGUUUUUUUAGAUCUAUACCACUCUUGGCUAGACCUGCAAAUUUUCAUGUUACUGUGAAAUCUCAAUAAUGUACAUGUUUCCCCAUCACAAUUAAAAUUUUCUUUGCCAAAGGAAGAAUUUACAUGAGUAGUAAGGAUGUAUUAAGGACCUGAGCCUGAAGAUCCAUUAAUAUUUGUAUGUGCUUGCAAACUUUAGCAUAAAUGGAAAAUAAGAUUAUGUUAAAGCAGAGAGAGGCCUUGAACACCAUUUUGUCCAAAUUCCAUAAUUUCCAAAGUGAGCAAAAGUGACUAAAACCCAUCUGGGUGAUAAGUCCAGAUUCAAACUCAAGUCUUCUGACCCCGAAUCCUUUGUUUUUACAAUACUUCAUUAAUUCAGCAUUGCUGUUUGAAAAAGAUCCAAAAAUGGAAAAUUUUUUCUAUAACAAAAAAAUGGCCUGCAUAUGGAGAUUUUACACUCACCUUCCAGAGAAACAAGUUGUUCUUUCAGCUCAAAAUUAGGGAAAGCUAUAAUUGCUAGAAAACAUUUAUCAUUUUUUCUGUUCGAGUGGAUAUGGGGAUGUCAUGUACCUUAGCCUUGUCCCUGAAUGGUCUGAUGAAAUAAGUAACACACCUAAACAAAUUCAAUGUAAUCUGGGCUAUUUUGUUUUAUUAAAUCUGGCUAUUACUCCUAUGAUAGAGACUAGUCCCUCCCUGCCUUCUCAAACAUAGAAUCAGAUUUUGACCUAAAAUAGACCUUAGAGGUAAUAUAGUCAAACCUACAUUUUUUUUAACCUUUACUUUCUGCCUUAAUGACAAUUCUAAGACUGAAAGACAAGUGGCUUGCUCAGGGUCACACAGCUAGGAAGUGUCUGAGAUCAGAUUUGAACCUAGGUCUUUGAAGCUCUAGGCCAGACUAUCCACUGUGCCACCUGCCCCGAAACCUACUCUUUAUGAACAAGGUCCAAGGAACUGGAAUAAUUUCACUGACUGCUGAUCUUGGAUUUGAACUCAGGUCCUCAGGCUGAAUAUAUUGCUUCCCUUUGUUUUUUAUAAUCAGAAUUUUGAAUUUUUAUGAUAUAUUUUUAUUUAUUUCCUCAUAUCCCAUCCUCCUGUGUCAUCCCCUCUAAAAAGUAAAACCAGUUCAGCAAAAACCAAACCUAUCAACCCCUCUCAACUUUAAGAACAUAGACUCCCACCUAUGCAAAUCUCUUUGGUCAUUGUAACUUGACAGCGUUUGGUUUCAGAUAUGUUCUUCCAAACCUUAGAUUAUUCGUAUACAGCUGUUAUACAUUUGACCUUUUGAUUUUAAUGGUCUUUGACUAAGGAUUCACUGGUCUUGAUCCAAAUGUCAUCUCAGGAUUUGUCAUUGAUUAUAGAAGCUGACAUCUUUGUAUAGAAGCUUUAAUUCCAACAAAUUUGUUAUAUUUUUGAACUUCAUAAUGAACUGAAAAUAUAGAUUCAAGGAGGUUUUAGGUCAUUUUGUGAGCAUAAAUAUCCAUUCUGAGAAUAGCACACUCGAGAGCAACUACUAUCUUAUAAACCCUUUCUACCAUUGUCAAGUACUAUUAUACUAUUGUUUCUUUGGAUUCUUAAUAAAAAAAAAAAGAAGCAA